ACCCAUGUGAGGAUUCAGACGCCAAAAGAAAAGGGAGAUACAGAGGGAGGAGGAGGAAAAGAGAGAGUGUCAAGUUUCAAGGUCCUGCCUCAGCCACUAAGGAAAGCGUGCUAUGGCCCGGGCUUCUCAGUGCGGCUUCCUGGAGUUUGUGCUGCUGGCAAUGUGCAGUUGGGAGGGAAUCGCUGCUUUUCCAAACGCCUCCCCAUUGCUCAGCCCCAACUGGGGGAACUCGGACAGUCUGCUGCACCUGUAUACGUCUUCCUCAAGGAACAGUUUCCACCUGCAAAUUCACUCCAACGGCCGUGUGGAUGGAAGUCCUCACCAAACCGUUUAUAGUGCCCUGGUCAUCAAAUCUGAAGGGGCAGGCUUUGUUGUGAUCAGUGGUGUGAAGAGUGGGUGCUAUCUCUGCAUGAACCUCAAUGGGGAUAUCUUUGGAUCGCACUACUUCAGUUACGAAGACUGCACUUUUAAACACUGGACUCUGGAAAAUGGUUAUGACAUCUACCAGUCUCCAAAACACCACUACCUAGUCAGUCUGGGCAAAGCGAAGCAACUUCUGUUCCCUGGUAUGAAUCCACCACCCUUCUCCCAGUUCCUGUCCCGACAGAAUGAGAUUCCUUUCGUCCAGUUCAACACACCAGAACCACGCAGGUUCACCAGAGAUGCCAACGCAGAUCCCCUUCGUCUCAUCAUCCCAGCGCCGAACAGCCCGAUAGAAAAACCAAGUGUGCAGCCACCCACACGCCUUUCUGCUGAGGGCAUCAUCAACGACCCACUUCGUGUAAUUGUCAACAAAAACAGCCCUAUUGGUUAAAUCAGAAUGGGAGACGAAUCUGGGCAGCACCUUCGUUGCUGCAUUGACCCAGAACAUAACCUGAACAAUUAUUCUGAAAGUCCCUAUUGAACUGCUAUAGAGCCUUUUUCCAGGAAACCUGUUCAGGAUAGGUCUUCAGGUUUAAAAAAAAAAAAUACCCCAAAUUAUUCUUGAGCACUUUUAAAACAAAUGGUCUUCCUUAUACUGGAUGGAAGAAGGCCUGAAAUUUUAAGGUGGUCAUCCACAUCAGUUUGGUGAAGAUUCCUGGGCAACACAAUGUAGAUAACACAUAGUGGUAUGCAGCUUGGCAAGAGGAGUUUUUAGCAAUACUUGAAAAAGAGAUUUACUUUAGUGAGUCUUUCCCUGACUGUGCUGUUCAGAUAGCCUCUGCACCUGUUGACGUUGUUCAAAUCUUCUUUCUCACCUUUCACUAGACUUUGGCUCAGAUUUAACAAAGCACUUACAGAGCAGCUUUUUUGAUUAAUGCUCCAAAUCACACUGAUCACCUGUGGAGUGGGAAAGGGAAACUGUGGCUAGUGCCACUGGGGUCUCAUGGCCCAGUUUAUUACAGGGCUUUUUAAAUGCCCCAGUUCACCCCUGAAGUUAAAACGGUUCAAAGCACAGCACACUGGAGCAACCUUUGAACUCCAGUCUACAGUCCUACUUGACAACACACACAAGCAAUGGUACUGCAGGUGCAACCAACUUGGGGGUGUUUCCCAACUCUGGAUCCUUCUCCCCCCCCCCCACCCACCCAAUUGAAGACCAAAGUAGAUAACACAUAGUGGUAUGUGGAUUGGCAAGAGCAGUUUUUGGCAAUACUUGAAAAAAGGGGGGGGGGAUAAGAGUUGCAGAGGAUGAAUACAAAAUAUAUUCAGUUCCAUGGGUCUCCUAUGACCUUGUGUGUCCAGAAUGUUAAACCACUGUGUUUAAAGAGUUGUAAUUCAGUACUGAAAGCGACUGAUAUUAUAACAUAUAACAGAAAGUCUCACCAGAAAUUGGCAUCAUUCUGCUGGCAUCUAUCAGAAGAGCUAAUCUCUGUGAUUGCCAGAAUCAUGUGAGAUAGCUCUGAGAGAAGUGAAUCACUUCAGACUGCAGACUAUUCACAGCUUUAAAAAAAAAAAGUGCCGUGGACAGAAAGCUAACUUGGCAAGGAAAAAGUUUCACCCAUCCCUUGCUAUGCUUUUAAUUUGGAGCACAAUUUUCUGCAUGCAGUCGAAACCACGCAGGAAAAACCAUGCUACAGAGUCUUCUGACAGCAGGGGUUAUCUUUUACUUCUCUUGGUUAGCACCAGCAUUUUCAUCUUCAAGCCCCUCUACAAUUAAAAAACCCAACUAAAACAUACAUGUUAUUUUAACAUUGUAUUUAAAACAUUUCUGUGCUACCUUUCCCCCCAAACAGGAUCCUCAGGUUAGAAUCUUCAGAUUUUUCGGUGGCAUACCAUUUGUCUUCCAGUUUGCUUUCUAAACUCUUCAAAAGGCUAGCCCUCCUAGAUAGUCAACUGGUCCAUUCUGGCUAGAAAACAUGGGCUAUUCCAGGGAUCUGUGUCAGUCAACCAGGGCCAUCUAUGUGGGUAGACAAUUAGAUUUCAGUAAUUUAGAGGGGUAUGAUUAAUUCCUGCUUAGAAGGACUACAUGCUAGCCUAUUUUUAUUUUUGUUGUUGUUUAAAUCCUACCUUUUCUAUUUAGCCCAAGGUGGCUGGUAAAUGGCCUACGUUAUGUACUGGACUGCACUACUGGAAAAUAUAAAAUGGCCUUUUCUGGAAAAAUGUAAUUUUUUAAAAAAGAUGAGGUAACUAAAAAAAUGUCCGUGUUUUAGAAUGAAGUGUUCAAAAGGAGAAUAUCACCUGCUAAUAAGACAGGAUUAAUGCAUUUUUAUAUUGCCAUAUUUAUUUAUUUAUUUGAAUGAUUUACACUUAUUGCAGGCAUAUUUAUGAGUAUUUAUGAAGAUGCAUCCCUCAAUUUUUUUUAAUAAAGAUCUAAAUAAACGUUUCAUUUUUCUGACAAAAA